UUUGCGGUGAACCAUCGACCGUCAAGGGUAUUUCACCCUGCUAUUGCCGAAAUGCCCCGAACUUGGGGUCGCUAUUGAUUUGCUUACAUGAGAUGAACUACUACACUGCAAAAAUGGCCACUCUUCUCGAGAGCACAUGCUCCUAUGGUCCAGGUACUCUCGAUGCGGCUUACCACAAUGCUUCCAGUUAUGCUAUAACCCCCAUUUCCACUCAGGUCGGAGCUCUUUCAUACCUUCCCGUUACUGUUAACGAAAGCACUGUUGGUACGAGCUACCAAUCUUAUCGCAACCUCUACAACAACAACACUUUGGCGGUCUCGUUGGGAGCUGGCUUUGUUGGGUUCUUCGGAUGCAUUAUGUUACUUUCUGGUAUUUUUAACUGGACCAUGCGCUUAUUUCCUGCCAUACCAAACUGGUUCACCGGUUCUAUAUCUAUUUUUUUCCGACGCCACGUUUCCUUGACUGCGGCUUUCAAGAAGGAUAGAAAUGUUCCUUUGAGACUUUGGGGGUAUCCGAUGGGAUUGAUCCCCACAAGAUUGGAGUCGUUCGUGGUCUUGCUCUCCUAUGUGUACCUCGUUUUGGCCUGUGCCAUUGGAUAUACCCCCCCUGUUGAGAACAAUCCCAUUUUUCCAAACGCCAGGGUGGAGAUUGGUAGACAUGUAGCUAACCGAAUCGGAACCAUCGCACUCUUCAUCUACCCCUUGGCCAUUAUUUUCGCGGGGAGAAAUAACGUUUUACUGUUCAUAACGCGGUGGAACUACUCUGUUUUUAACAUGUAUCACAGACAUUUGGCCCGGAUCUUCCUCCUUUUGACCAUGGCCCAUGGAGCAUCUAUGACUAUCACGCUCAAAAGCAACUCUGUCGCUGCGUAUAUGGAAGCGUUGCUGGCGGCGCACGUGAGGUGGGGUAUCGUGUCGGUUGUCGUGAUUGGGUUGUUGGCAUUCCAAUCAGUCUUGUUCUUGAGAAGAAGAUCCUAUGAAACGUUUUUGCUCAUUCACAUUACCCUCGCGGUAGUUGUGUUGCUUGGCGUACAUUUUCACGCAAAGCCGUGGGGGUUUAACGGUUUUACAUGGGCCGUUAUCGCCAUUUGGUGCCUCGAUAGAGUCAUCAGGUUGGUUCGCAUGUUCUCUUUUGGUAUCCAGGAAGCAACUGUCACGAUAAAGGCGGAGGAAACGCUAAAGGUGACCGUCCCAAAGCCUCGCUACUGGAAAGCCAAACCCGGCCAGUACUCUUUUGUUUCUUUCUUGAAACCAUCAUGCUUCUGGCAGUCCCAUCCUUUCUCCACUAUCAGUGAGAGCGAUACUGAAAUCAGCUUUGCCAUUAAGAUCAAAGGUGGUGCCACCCACGGCUUGUACAAGCAGGUGGCUUCUUUGCCUGGACAUACGGAUAUUAUCAAGGUUGUUGUGGAAGGGCCUUAUGGGUUUAGCUCUCCCGUGUCCCAGUACAGUGAAACCUUGUUGCUUGCCUCUGGAAAUGGUAUUCCAGGGUUGUACGACCAUGCUAUGCGGUUGAGCAGAGCCGGUGGUCACCACUCUGUGAAGUUGGUGUGGGUCAUCCGCAACUGGAGAUCUGUCUCGUGGAUGUUGGAAGAGCUCAAAGCAUUGAAAGAUACCAGGGUGAAUGUCACAGUAUAUGUGACGAAGCCGAAGGACACGUUGGAUUAUAACAUUGACACGGUAACGCUUCAUUCCAGUCUUUUGUCGUCGGAAAAGAAUCGUGAGUUGGACUAUGACGGAAAUGAUGAAAAUCUUCCCACCAAAGUGUUGGCUAGCUUGAAAGCUUGCCUAUCCCAUGUGGUCUUUGAGGAGGGGCGUCCUGACAUUGAUUGUUUAAUUCAGGAAGAAAUCACUAACGCUGAGGGAAGCGUGGCAGUGGUUGCGUGUGGUCAUGAUAGUAUGGUGGAUACUGUAAGGUAUUCCGUUGCCUUUCAUUUGGGUGCCUCCCAACAUCGUGUGGAUUACUUUGAGGAAUUACAAGUUUGGUCUUAAAUCCCUGAGUAUUGCGAUAUAUUUUAUUUACCAGUUUAUAUUUAAGGUAAUAAAUUACCUAUAUUAGCC